AUGAAACUUUUGCCUUUUUCUACUUGGUUGCCUUGCCUCUUGGUAUUCAGCUUAUGUCUGGGCUGUGAGUGCGGCGCACUGAGGCGGACGGACAGGUCUAAGAGAGACUUGGUGCGCGCAAGGGAGGCUGUCGGAGUCUCUCCCGGAGCGUGUGGCACACGGCUCCAGCGGGGCAGGCGCUCUGUAUCCGGAGCGGACUGGCGCGCGGGCCGCCUGCACGCAUGUUUCAGUCAUGCGGGAGCGAGCGCAAGAGUAACACUCACCCGCAACAGUGUUUACUUCAGCGGCAGAGGAGAUCAACUACGGCUUAAACCGAGCAUAGAGGUUCCGCGCGGUAAUUUCACCCUGGAGAUGUGGAUAAAACCUGAAGGCGGUCAGCGCUCUCCAAGUGUGAUCGCAGGGCUCUAUGACAAAUGCUUCUAUGCAUCCUGUAAUCGAGGCUGGUUAAUAGGCAUCAGACCAGUCAGUGAUCAAGGGAACAGGGACCCUCGUUUCUUCUUCUCCCUCAAAACAGACAGAGCACACAAGGUUACCACAAUCACCUCCAAUGCUCCCUACUCCCCCAACCACUGGCAUCAUCUGGCUGUCACUUACAAUGGACUCCAUAUGAAGCUUUACCUCAAUGGGGCUCAAGUGGCUGUAAGCCGAGAGCAGUCCGGUGAGGUUUUUAGUCCCCUUACAAAAAAGUGCAAGGUGCUAAUGAUAGGUGGCAAUGCACUCAACCACAACUACAGAGGAACAUUGGAGCACCUGAGCCUGUGGAAAGAAGCCUUGGCCCAGCGCAAUAUAAUCCAAUACAUGCAAAGCCCUCAAUCUGAGUACCAUAAUGACCUUUCUGAACAAGUAAUUUACGAGAACUUUGAAAAUGCAUCUCAGAAGUGGCUGACAGUAAAAGAUGGGGUCUUUCCCCAGAUUGGGACCUCUGAUCGCACGUUGACAGCCAAUCUUGGUAGCACUGUCGAAACUGCACUGGUUCCUCCACCAUGUGGACAAACAGUCUGUGAUAAUGUUGAGGUAGUGACAAACUACAACCGCUUAUGGACCUUUCGCAAACCUAAGAUGGUGCGUUACCGAUUAGUCAAUGUGUAUGAUGAUGAUGGUCACUGGCCAACAGUUACAGAGCACCAGAUCAACCUCCAGCACCAGCAUCUAAACAAAGCUUUCCGCAUCUACAACAUCACAUGGGAGCGCACUGUACACAAUGUCUACAACUCCUCCUUGCGCAACCGUCUGGUCCUGGCUAACUGUGAUAUUAGCAAAGUGGGAGACGAGGAGUGUGACCCAGAAUGCAACCACACACUCACUGGUUUUGAUGCAGGCUACUGCAGGAGGCAAACAAUCAGCUGUCCUGAGCAUAAACUAGGGAACAAUGUUUGUGAUCCUGAGUGUAACUGGGAUAAUUUCAACUAUGACCAGGGUGACUGCUGUGACCCAAACAUCACUGAUGUAACAAAAACCUGCUUUAAUCCUGCAUCACACUACAGGGCCUACUUGGAUGUGAAGGAGUUGAAAGAGACAUUGCACCUGGAUGGCUCUACACACCUUAACAUAUUUUUUGCAAAUUCCACUGAUGAAGACCUAGCAGGCGAAGCCACAUGGCCUUGGGAUAAAGACGCCUUAACACAUUUAGGUGGGAUUGUGCUGAAUCCCUUGUUCUAUGGAACAUUUGGCCACACACAUACCAUGAUCCAUGAGAUUGGCCACAGCCUUGGACUGUACCAUGUCUUCAGAGGGAUUUCUGAAAUCGAGUCAUGCAAUGAUGCCUGUCUGGAGACAGAACCAUCAUUAGAGACUGGGGACCUGUGUGCUGAUACAAACCCCACACCGAAGUAUAAAUACUGCAGAGACCCGGAACGUGGAAACGACACAUGUGGCCAGCGGCUCUUCAAGCACACACCAUUCAGAAAUUAUAUGAGUUAUGCAGAUGAUUCUUGCACAAAUUCCUUUACAAUGAACCAGGUGGCUCGGAUGCAUUGCUAUUUAGAUCUGAUCUACCAGUCCUGGAGGACUGAGAGUAAGCCAGCCCCGGUUCCUCUAGCUCCUCGACUGAUGGAGCAAGGGGAAGACUCCCUCACCGUGGAGUGGUUCCCUGCACUUACUGGUCAUUACUUUGACAGAGAAGUGGGAUCUUUAUGUGACAGAUGCACUGAAGGCAGAGUGUUCCUGCAGUACGCCUCAAAUUCAUCCUCCCCAAAACCCUGUGCUCCAUCAGGACACUGGAGCCCACGUGAGGCAGAGGGUUCACCGGAUGUGGAGCAGGUGUGUGAACCCAGUGUCCGUACCUGGAGUCCCCAUGCUGGCCUUGACUCCAGCAGUGUGGGCUCUGCCUUGUGCCCUCCACAAGGCUGCAUGCUCCAACUGAACUUCACCUACCCACUUGUGCCAGAUUCACUCACUGUCUGGGUCACAUUCUUUUCAGCAGAAGAGAGUGACAUGGCAGCCAUCAACAAUAUUCUGCUACUAACACUGAGUAGCAACAAUGUGUCUCUGGGUCCACAGAGCAUCUUCUGUGACAUGCCACUUACACUUAAUCUUUCUGUGGAUGAGGAAGUGUAUGGCAUUCAGUUCUUCACUAUGGAUCAGCACCUGGAGAUUGAUGCCACAAUGAUAGCCUCCAAACCAGGGCAUGUACUCUGUCAGCCAUGCCAACCCCUGCAGUAUAGGCUGACACGGAACCCGUCUUUCAGUCAUGCACCUAAUGGCGUGGUGCUCAUGGAGCCCAUGAGGAGAUUUAUAGACAGGGACAUAGAGUCUGGUGAGACGUACACCUACCAUGUCCUGACUGUUUCCAAGACAGCAGAAAGUGAACCAUCUCCUGCUCUCAUACAUCAGCUGGGCUCACCAUACUGUGGAGAUGGACUCAUCCAACAUUAUCUGGGGGAGCAAUGUGAUGACAUGAACUUUGCCAAUGGAGAUGGCUGUUCAAACCAGUGUAAAAAGGAACCUUUGUUUAACUGCCUUGAUGAACCCAGUCUUUGCUACUUCUAUGAUGGUGAUGGUCUUUGUGAGGACUUUGAGCGGGAGAGGAGUGUGAGGGACUGUGGGCUCUACACACCCAGUGGUUUCCUGGACCAGUGGGCCACAGGGGUGGAGGUUUCCAAUGAGAACAGAAUAUAUUGCCCUGCAGAGGUGGCUGCAGGGUAUCCUGCUGUGACAAAGAGCUGUCUGUCGAAGGUGUUUGACCUGUCUGAUUUUGGGGUGUCUCAGUAUGCCUGGUUUCCCUGUGAGGAAUCACAGCGGCACAGCUACAAGACUCAGUACAAGUUAAAGGCAUACUAUUCCCACCCCAUGGUAGCUGCUGCUGUCAUAAUUCACCUGGCUGCAGAUGGGACCAUCUAUGGAGAUCAGACACAGAGCAAUGUCACCGUCCAACUGGUGGACACCAAGGAGCAGCUCCACAAUCUUGGCGAAUGGAGGCUGAGUUGCAGAAACAACCCUCUAGUGAUCCCUGUGAUUCAUGACCUGAGCAUGGCUUUCUACAGGACCAAGGCUAUUGUAGUGAGCUUCCAAUCAGCACUGGUGGCCAUUUCUGGAGUGGGUUUGCGAUCUUUUCAGUAUUUUGACCCCAUCACAAUUAGUGGCUGCCAAAGCAAUGAGAUUUACAAUCCAAUGGGGCAAAGUUGUGUGCAUUACUCAUGUGAUGCCAUUGACUGCCAGAAGCUUAUGGUGCAUAACUCGGAGACGAAGUGCAGUAGUCCAGGUUACUUCAAUGGUGUCCGCUGUAUAGUCACCUGCGACCGUGGAUACACCCUCAAAAUCCACAGAGAUGACGAAAUCAUCAAAACUCAGUCGGACUCAAUGGCCACCCUCACUUGUGCUGAUGGGAAGUGGAACAAACAGGUGUCAUGUGAGCCAGUGGAUUGUGGACGCCCAGACAAAUACCACGUGCACCUGGCCAAUUUCAGUUUCAAUGAGGGUACCACUUAUGGCAAGAAGUGCACUUUCCAGUGUAUGCACCCAGCACAGUUGUUAGGCAGCAAUAACCUGCUAACAUGUAUGGAAGAUGGCAUGUGGUCCUUCCCAGAGGCUAUGUGUGAGCUGCGCUGUUCUAUGCCUCCUUCCAUCCCCAAUGCCAUCCUGCAAACCAAACGUUGCAAUGCCAGCGGUCUCAAAGUUGGAUCUUUCUGCAAGUACAAAUGCAAGCCAGGCUACCAUGUACCUAGUGCUGAUAACCCUAAAAAACGGUCGUUCACAAGACAGUGUACAGAGAACGGUACCUGGCAACUGGGCAUGUGCGUACCAGUGACAUGUGACCCACCACCACCAGUCUUCUAUGGCAGCUACCAGUGUACUAAUGGCUUCCAGUUCAAUAGCGAGUGCUGGCUGAGCUGUCCUGAGGUUAAUCACAUGACAACUUCCUCCACCGUGAUCCGCUGUAGAAAGGACGGGAACUGGACUGGCUCUUUCCAGCUCUGUCCCCAACUGGAAGGCCAGUGCGCCCUCCCUCAGAACCUGAGCCCAGACAUCAACCUUACCUGCAGCAGGGGGCAUGACAUUGGAGAGCAAUGUGAGCUGACAUGCAGAGAUUCUGGUAGCAGUGUGGUGCUCCUCCCCAGGAACAUGACUGUGGAUGCCUUAGUGAAAGACCACUGGAGAAAGCCACCCAAAGUUAAGAGUAUUGUGUGUACAGUUGUACUGAAGUGGUAUCCAAGCCCAGAGAUGCUCCAUUGCAUAAAAGGCUGUGAGCCUUUCAUUGGCGAUAACUACUGUGAUGCCAUCAACAACCGAGCGUUCUGUAACUAUGAUGGUGGAGACUGCUGUCAUUCUACUGUCAAAACUAAGACGGUGAUUCCAUUCCCCAUGUCUUGUGACACCCGAGAAGACUGUGCAUGUCGAGACCCCAACGCACAGGAGAACAUUAAAGGGAUUCGACACCGAACACUGGGCUGAGGCUGUGUCACUGGAGGUCAUCCUGGUACCACAGGGGAAAAACAAUUAAACAAAAAACCUUUCUCUCUCCAUGCUGCUUACUAGAGGGCCAUUCCACUCAUGCUGUACCCUGACAUGCCUGUCGAUGAGCUGUUGCCAACUAUGGUAUGCUGCUUAACAAGAAAAAACACAUUAAAAUAUACAAUGGUAAAUAGGGUUCAAUUAUGGAGGGAUAAGUGCAGCGUUUUAGGAUCCAGCUCAAUAAAAAAUAAAAAAUCAGAGACGUCAUCAAUAGAAGCUGGAUGCAAGCCCAACUUGACAGUUUUCUUGCUUUGGAUUCCCUAGUCCUUAUUUGUAAGGCACAACUGCAGCAAAUUGAUUAGAAAGCAACACAGAGAAAACCAUUUCAUGCUCUGAUUGUUUUGUUUCUUAUUUUAAUAGAAACCAUUUAUUCUUAAUAUAACCAACAAAAAGCAGCAAAGGAAGGACUAAAAAAGCUAGCAGUCCUGGAAAUUCCUAAGCUGACACUUCAGAGAAAUCACUUCAGCUAUUCAUAAAAAUGCUCCCACCCAUGUCCUUUAGUUUCCCACUGAUGUGUUUAACAACAAAUGGUCUGUUUUAACAUAGGAAAAGCAAAAAGCCCUUCUGAGGCAUUUUGACAUAUAUUCUUGAAAAGCCAAAUGCACCACUAAGCUGCAUGAAAAAUAGGAAACAUAAGGAGUCUCUCCUUGACGGAUUGGACGGUGAGUAGGGAAGACAUAAAUCAGCAAAAUAAAACUGCAAAUCACUAAGAAAUAUGCACACCUGAAUCUGAAAAGUAUCAGAUUUUAUUGGCUUUAUUUUAUUGAAUACUUCCCUCAGAAGAGACAUUCAUUCAAUAAAAUUCAGCCCUAGAGAUGUGUGUAAUUAAGAGCAUGGGAUCAAGAAUAAGACAAAAAAGAGAGAUAAAGACAGAAAGCGCAGCUGUCAUUGUUAUAUUUUCUGCUUGAGCCAUGCAGACAGAUAUCUCCUCAGAGUGUGUAUGCAGUAUUCUGUCCAUCUUACCUCCUGCCAUAAUGCAGCUAUAUACUGUACAUUUAAAAAGUAUUUUAGAAAGUCUAUACAUCUCUGACACAUGUUUAGAUACUUACUGUAUUUAUCAGUCUGCAGGAAUUACAUACAAGACCUCUGGACUAUAUUUAGGUACUUGGCAUUUUAACCUAUUCAGCAAACUAUUUGUUUUAUCAUUAAUCAUACACAAAUCCAGUACUGUCAUAGCAAGCAAAAUUUACAAAACCGUAACCAAUUUAAAAUUGCAUGAUGAACUUGUCAGGGAGACUGGGAUGCUGAUAUGUGACCUGAUGACUGAUAGUGCUGUGCUCAGACACAAGUUAUCAGUUCUAACUGUGUAUUAGGUAUAUGCUAAAUCUUUUUUAACAUUACAGCUGCGGCUUUUUUUAAACUUUAACUUUUUUUGCCAGUUCAAAUGGUGAACAUUAUCCAAUGAUAAUAAUGAAAUCAAUAAUCAUUAUCCCACACUGACUAGUAUAGCCUUGCUAAACUUUCUGACAGCUUUCUGAGGUAAGCUUUAACAGACUCUAACAUGUAUCACUGUAGAUCAGUAAAACACAAUGUCAUACAGAUGCCCCAUCAGCAUGAAUAAUGAACUAAACAGAAUUAUCUUAAGUUUGAAACCAAUGAAGGAAUGUAUAGCACCAUUUUCUCGUCAUUAAUUUAAAAUUUCCACAUAAAAUGGCCAUUGCAGUAGACAUAUAAUAAAUAAAUAAAUAAAUAAAUAAAUAAAUAAAUAAAUA